CCAGCCAGGUCAUAUUACUCAUAUUCAUUUGUUUGUAACAUACUUUUAGUACAUGAUACGUACGGUGGAUGAACUUCAUGUGAAAGCCUCACAAAUUAAUUGCAUCUAUCAUCACAUGGUUACAUGCUGUUGUUGUUUGUAAACAAUAGUACGCAAUUUGUGUGUUUAUAUUUUUUAACUGCUUGUAUAUCAUCGUUCAAAUUUACUCUCGCAUGUUGACAUACAUAUCCGCUUUAGGGAUUAUCUGUUCAUCUAAAGGAUUAAAUUUUAAUGAGAUAAGUCAACUAUAUCUGUCAAUGAAUUAAUUAUGACAACAGUUCACGAGAUCUAGAAAAAAACACUUAUUGUUUUGUAAACAUCAAAUACCAUUAUAUUUAUUUGAACGUCAAAGUCUAUAGACUUAUCAGUUUAGAAGAGACCUUGAACAUUUGACCAUGUUCAGAACGUCGCUGUCACGAUGGACAUCAAAUUAUUUAGGAUUCUUACCAAACAGACUUUUUCACUCUGGAAUUAGAAAUAGCUUGGCUUUGGAAUCUACGAAUUAUAAAGUCAACGAAAGCCACGGACUUUACGGAGACAGUGAUAGUAUCGUGAACAUUCGAAAAGCGACUCUGUCUGAUUAUAAUACUGUAAUAGCCAUUCCGAAUCAGACCAAUACAACUGACCAUCUGGUAGAUAGAUACUGUUCUUUCAUUAGUCGCAAAACGAAUACAGGAUAUGUGGCAAAUCAGGAUGGAAAAGACGUAGGGUUUUUGCUAACACACCUUAUCGACGAUGGUUCAACAUUGGUGCUGGAUAAACUGCGAGUCGAACAAGGACGCGAUAACAAGAAAAUAAAGAAAACUGUAUACGAGCACAUUAAACAGACACAAGACCCUAUGAUAAAAACUGCUUCAAUCAACUUUGACCCUGAGAUGACUGACACACAUGUUUUAGAAGAAUAUUCAGUUAAAGAUUGGAACUUAGUAACAGUAAAGACGAAAGAAACUUUCAACACAAAGAUAACAGACCUACAUGAAAAACUGAAAAAGCAUAGCAUCCAGUUGAAAUCAUCAAAACGCUUAUUUGGUCGUGAUGUGAAGAAAGUCGUCAGUUAUCCCGAGUUGAAUCAGCAUCUUUUCAAAGAUGAACGACUUCUCAAAUCAGAUAUUCUUUAUAAACCUGUAGUUUCAAACGUUGACUUGGUUAUGGACAAAAGAACUCUUACUAUAGGUUCAAAUAUGACAAGUUCACCCUCAGUGCUGCUUUCUUUCGGAACGUAUUCGUACACAACAGCAGGAUUGCAUUACAAUCUCAGUUUUCAUGGAAAUAUGAACAAAUGCGUUGAUGAACAUUUAUUUAUCCACAUGAUUUCUCUGUUGAACCGUGGAAAUAAGAAUGUAACAUUUGAAAUAUAUGUUGACGAAUCAAAAGACAUGUUAACAGUUCAGGAGAUUUUGAAAAUUUACAGUUUUCAGAAAAACAAGAUGGACAACCGAAAUAAUGUUGAAUGGUACGAGAAAUGUUUGUGCUAAAACACUAGUGACAAACCGGGUUUUAAUAAUUGUGUUUUUUUUAAAUGAUGAAUAUAUAUAUAUACACAUUAUGUUCUUCCUUAUUUCAUACUGUGAAUGUCUUAGAUAAAUUAAAUGACAUUUUUAUUAAAUACUUGAUUUAUAAAUGUG